CCUGGCGGAGCGCCCAGGGGGAGGAGUCACAUCCCCGAGCAGCAGGCGAGACGUACACAGCGCGCACCGCGCCCGGGACACCGAUCUGCAUCUACAUGCGGCUCUGAGAAUGCGCUCGGCCCCGGUCUCCGGCCUCCUGGCCCCUGUGGCCCUUCUGUUCCUGCUCUGCUCCUCGGAUCGCCUGACCGACGCCUGCAGCUGCUCCCCCGUGCACCCCCAGCAGGCCUUCUGCAACGCCGACAUAGUGAUUCGGGCCAAGGCCAUUGUGGGUAAAGAAAUCGACAGCGGGAAUGAUGUCUAUGGGAAUCCCAUCAAAAGGAUCCAGUAUGAAAUCAAACAAAUUAAGAUGUUCAAGGGCCCCGCCGAGGACAUCCAGUACAUCCUCACAGCUUCUUCUUCCGCAGUGUGUGGAGUGACACUGGAAACGGGAGGCAAAAAAGAGUAUCUGAUUGCAGGUAAAGCAGAGGGUACUGGAAAAAUGCACAUCACACUGUGCGACUUCGUGUGGCCAUGGGAAUCCCUCACCCAAACCCAGAAGAAGAGUCUUAACCAGAGAUAUGAGAUGGGCUGUGAGUGUAAGAUCUCACGCUGCCCUUCCAUCCCCUGCUACGUCAGCGCCCAAGAUGAAUGCCUCUGGACAGAUUGGAUGACGGAGAAGAGCAUACACGGGCGGCAGGCCAAGCACUAUGCCUGCAUCAAGCGCAGCGACGGAUCGUGCUCUUGGUACCGGGGGACCGCCCCCCCGAAGCAGGAGUUCCUCGACAUAGAGGACCCCUAACUCCCGUCUCUCUCAAGUCCCAGCCGCCAGUUCUGAGAAGCCAGCGCGCCCACGAGGAGGAGAGGGAGGCGUCUUUUUUUUCCCUUUUUCGACCCAGGUUAAUAUCGGUUUUCCCGCAAGUCACGUGACUGAAGCUGGACUGGCAAACCGUCAUGGGACGUGGGGUUUAACCCCUUCAUUGCUGGAGAGAUCGCAGCACUGAAAGGAUUAAAUGGAGGCGGAAGGUGGAUGGACUCUUGCCGCCCACCUUACUUCUUAGACUUCCUUUCACCACCUUUCCCCCUUAUCACAGCGCACAAGGCCAUAUUGAGAAUUCCCGAAUUCUGUGUAGCUGGUCUACAGCCCCCUUCCCUCACUUAACCCCCCCCC